AUUAUUCAUCAUAACGUUCGUACUACUUUUCAAAACAAAAAACCAACGUAAAAUUUAAUUUAAAAACCAAACUAAAAAAAGACACGAGAUUUAUGGAAGCAGAUAAGAUCCAGAGGAAUAGGCAAGUGGAAGAAGAACGAGAACAGCUGUUCUUCUUUCCGACCUCAAAGUCAGACGACAGUUUUAAUUCGAAUCCUAUAAAUUUCAACUAAUCUUCUCCAUUUUCAAAAUCAAAUCAUCUUAUUACCUUUUCUUGAUUCUGAAUCCCUUUUCGAACCAGAUCUAUCCCAGAUAUCUGAUACAAACACCAAGAAGAAGAAGACGAAGAACAAGAUCUGUUCUGUCUGUUUGUUCCUCUCUGUGAAACAGAGAAGUCAACACUGAGUCUUCCACGACGUCGUUUUAGCACAUCGACUCUUUUUUUUUUUUUAAUAUUGUAUUUCAAAUCGGAUAAAUGGCCGGAGGGUUCGUCAGUCAAACGCCGGGCGUUCGGAACUAUAACUACAAAUUGACACCGAAAGUAUUCGUAACAUGUUUCAUCGGUGCAUUUGGUGGUCUCAUCUUCGGAUACGAUCUUGGGAUCUCAGGAGGGGUAACCUCAAUGGAGCCAUUCUUGGAAAAGUUCUUCCCUUACGUGUACAAGAAAAUGAAGAGCGCACACGAGAACGAGUACUGUCGAUUCGAUAGUCAGCUUCUCACUCUCUUCACUUCUUCUCUCUAUGUGGCGGCUUUGAUCUCUUCCCUCUUCGCCUCUACGGUGACCCGAGUUUUUGGAAGGAAAUGGUCCAUGUUUCUUGGUGGCUUCACCUUCUUCAUCGGCUCUGCUUUCAACGGCUUUGCCCAAAACAUCGCCAUGCUUCUCAUCGGUCGUAUUCUUCUUGGUUUCGGAGUCGGAUUCGCCAAUCAAUCUGUUCCGGUUUAUCUGUCGGAAAUGGCUCCUCCGAAUCUAAGAGGAGCGUUCAACAACGGGUUCCAAGUAGCGAUUAUAUUCGGCAUCGUGGUUGCGACGAUCAUCAAUUACUUCACAGCACAGAUGAAAGGGAACAUCGGAUGGAGAAUCUCUCUCGGAUUAGCUUGCGUACCUUCAGUGAUGAUCAUGAUCGGAGCUCUGAUCCUUCCCGACACUCCGAACUCUCUCAUCGAACGUGGCUACACCGACGAGGCGAAGCAGAUGCUCCAAUCCAUCCGAGGAACAGAUGAGGUCGAAGAAGAGUUUCAGGAUCUCGUUGAUGCGAGUGAGGAGUCUAAGCAAGUGAAACACCCAUGGAAGAACAUCUUGCUUCCUCGUUACAGACCACAACUGAUCAUGACCUGCUUCAUUCCUUUCUUCCAACAGCUUACCGGAAUCAAUGUCAUUACGUUUUACGCGCCCGUCCUGUUCCAAACCCUCGGGUUCGGUAGCAAAGCCUCGCUCUUGUCGGCUAUGGUAACGGGUAUCAUCGAGCUCUUGUGUACCUUCGUCUCUGUUUUCACAGUCGAUAGGUUCGGAAGAAGAGUCUUGUUCCUCCAGGGAGGUAUCCAGAUGCUUAUCUCUCAGAUCGCUAUUGGAGCCAUGAUUGGAGUCAAAUUUGGAGUGGCUGGAACAGGGAACAUAGGGAAAUCAGAUGCUAAUCUGAUCGUGGCGCUGAUCUGCAUCUACGUAGCCGGUUUCGCCUGGUCAUGGGGACCGUUGGGAUGGUUGGUUCCUAGUGAGAUAUCUCCACUAGAGAUCCGAUCAGCAGCUCAAGCCAUAAACGUGGCGGUCAACAUGUUCUUCACGUUCCUUGUAGCACAGCUCUUCCUCACGAUGCUCUGUCACAUGAAAUUCGGACUGUUCUUCUUUUUCGCGGUGUUUGUCUUCAUAAUGACGAUAUUCAUCUACCUGAUGUUGCCUGAGACGAAGAAUGUACCAAUCGAAGAGAUGAACAAAGUGUGGAAGGCACACUGGUUCUGGGGAAGGUUUAUACCUGAUGAGGCUGUUGGUAUUGGUGCUGCUGAGAUGCAACAGAAGUCUGUGUGAUGAUGAUGAAAAAACGUUUUCUUUGGGCAAAAGACUUGUCAGAAAAUUUGAAAAGAGAAAGGUGAUGAUUAAUAGGAUGAAAUAAGAAUGAAAUAUCAAAAAAGAAGUGUGUAUUCCUGAAAGAAAGCUGCUCUGUUUUUUUUAUUCAGAGAUUUAGCUUUUGAAGUAGAUUCUUCUUUCUUCUUAAUAUUUAUCUCUUUGUUGCAAUUGUAGUUUUGGCCUAAAGAAAGUUCAGAAAACAAAAAUAUUAUAAAAAAAAAUGAAAUCAGUUUGUCUUAUGUUUUUGUUUCUUAUUUAACAUUUCUGUUGAAU